AAGAGAGAAAACAAAUAAAUAAAUGAAAACAAGAGGAAGAGGAAGAGGAAGAGGAAAAGGAAGACAAAUAGAAAUACUUUUGCUCCGCGUGAGAGAAGAAAGACAAAAUAACAUUUCUUUUGGUAGAAAUUGGGAAAAAGAUCUUAUCAACGUUUGGACGUUGUGAUCGUUCAUUCGGUUUGGAUUUUUAUGAAAAAAAUGUCUUCGAAGGAUCUUCUUUAACGUGUACGUUUGUGUGUGCGUGUGUGUGUGCGUGUGCGGUGUUUUCGUUGAUGUAACAAGUGUGUAGAAAAAUGGCCCAGGAAACGGACGAUAUCAACUUGACUCCUCAAGAAUUACAGAUAUUAUCCGAAUUAGACAGUCGACAAUUUGGAUUUCUUAAACUGAACGCACCAGAGCAGACAAAGAGAAAGGCUUUGGUAGUGCGUGCAAUUAAGUACUUAGAAAGAAUGUUGAUCCAAGCGCAAUCUGAAAAACAACGCAGAAAAGCGGAUAGUAUUAAAUUGAAUUCAGAGGAGCCAUCAAAGGACGAUGAGGAGGAAGACAAUGGAAUUAGUAUUGAUCCAAAGACUUAUUGUAAAUUAGGUCAUUUUCAUUUGCUAUUGGAAGAUUAUUCUAAAGCCAUGUCAGCGUAUCAGAAAUUUUAUGCGUUAAAAGGCGACUAUUGGAAAGAUGCUUCGUUUCUUUAUGGACUAGGACUCGUUUAUUAUCAUUUUAAUACCUUUCAAGGGGCAGUGAAAGCCUUUCAGCAGGUAUUAUGGGUGGAACCAAGUUUUCCACGAGCCUGCGAGGUUCACCUACGGCUUGGUUUAAUGUUGAAGGUCCAUGCUGAUUUCGACGCCGCUUUGAAGCACCUGACCUUAGCUUUGAUCGAUGCAACCACACCUGCUUCCUUCUCCAAACUUGAAAUUAAAUUUCAUAUCGCUCAUCUCUACGAAGUUCAAGGAAGUUAUCGCCUGGCAAAGGACCAUUACGAAGCUUUACUCAAAGAAAAAGCUUUGCCAUCGCAUUUAAAGGCUGACAUUUGUCGUCAGUUAGGAUGGAUGUACCAUGUUGUUGAUUGUCUCACAUUAGGAGUAACUAAACAACAGAAACAAGCUAUAUCUAUUCAUUGUUUACACAAAUCUAUUGAAGCUGAGCCUAAAAGCGGACAGAGUCUGUAUCUUCUUGGACGGUGUCUUGCUGCUUCGGGAAAAGUUCAUGAUGCGUUCAUUGCUUAUAGAAAUUCCGUGGAAAAAUCGGAAGGAAAUGCUGAUACUUGGUGCAGUAUAGGUGUUUUAUACCAGCAACAGAAUCAACCUAUGGAUGCACUUCAAGCCUACAUAUGUGCUGUACAAUUAGAUAAAUCGCAUUCAGCAGCUUGGACAAAUUUGGGAAUUUUAUACGAGAGCGUUAGCCAACCGAAAGACGCGUUAGCUUGUUACGUCAACGCUUCUAGGGGAAACAACAAUACUCCUAGUUGUACGACUUCGCUGGUUGGACUGGGCGGUGCUAAGUCUGGUGGCAAUACUCCGAUGAACCCAUCUCUACAACAACGAAUAAACUUUUUGCAAAGUAAUCUAAGUCAAGCACCAAUGCCCUCUGUUGCUGCCAAGAGGCGGCAAUUGCCGUCAAUAGAAGAAGCUUGGAAUUUGCCGAUUAGCGCUGAAAUGUCUAGUAGGCAACAGCAGCAGCAGCAGCAGCAACAACAACAACAACAACAACAACAACAACAACAGCAACUACCUGGUGGUCCAGGAUAUAAAUAUGGCGGUGCUCCGUCUGGACCACCACCGCCUUAUCCUCAAACCCAAGGUCAAAGUAUAGGUGGAAAAAGGUUUAAGCCUGGAGAUGAUUCAAUUUCGCCUCCUCCACAAAGACCUCCACCAUAUUAUUUAUCGAUUCAACAAUUACAUAUGCUGCAAUUUCUGCAGCAGAAUCCAAGUAGUUUAUCCGCACAACAACAUGCUUUACUUAUGCAUCUUCAGCAUCAAUAUAGAUUGAUGCAACAGCAUCAACAACAAAUCAGAUUGCAACAGCAACAAGCUGCUCAGAGAGGACUUAGGCCAGGACAACCGGGAUAUCCCACCGUUUAUUCUCAUGGACAGCCACCAGGACAACCUGGUGUUAUCAAAAAUUAUGGCAUUCCUCAGCAACCCUUGCAACAAGGAGGAACCGUAGCUCUGCAAACAGGAUUUUCCGAUUCAAAUGUAGGCUACAAUAGUGUAGCGACGGGUAACACGCAAACCCCUGGGAUGCCUUACAAAUCUGCUUCGGAUCCUAAUUAUCCUCAAAGACAUUUAACAAGUCAGAGCGGUCAAUUCAAUAAUCAGUAUCAAUCUAAUCAAUACGGAGCACAAGGCUAUCCUCAGAUCUCUUCGACGACGAGUAGUUAUCCCGAAGGUUCGGCAGGGAAUAAGGAUUUAGGUGUUACGGAUCAAGAAUUGCAAGCCUUGUUGUCUCAGAAAGAUUUGGCCACGUCAUUGGCAGAAGACUUAUUAAAACAUUUUGGUUCGGAAGAUUUGGAUGUCAAAGAGGAACCACCUGGCAUUAUCAUGAACAAUGGUACAUUGAGUUCCGGUCCAUUUUCCCCAUCAAAUAUGGAAGAAAAUUCUGAUAAGAAAAAUCAAGUGAAAUUAGAAAAGUUGGAUGAAGUUCAUCAACCAUCGUCUACCUCCAAUAUAGUAGAUAUGUUCGAUAAAAAGGAGUCUAAAGCAGCAUCUAACACAGUCGCAGUAGAAACUAUUAAAUGUGAGGCAACUUCUAGUACAAAUAAAAGUGAAUGUUUAAUAACAAGAACAGCAGAACCUGUUUUGAAAUUAGAGAGUUUGUGCGAGUCACAAUCGGAACAAGAAUUAAGCAUAGAAAUGGAUGCUAAAACUGUCAUCGAAAUGUGUAAGGGCCAAGGAUUAAAGGGAGUUCCAAAUUGUUCUAUUUUGAGUGAUCGUUCACCUCCACCGGCACCGCCGGAACCUCCUAGUCAAAAAUUGACCAGGGAGCAACUUUUACCGCCUACGCCUAGUAUCUAUUUAGAAAAUAAGAAGGAUGCAUUCAAUCCGCAUUUACAAGAAUUUUGUCUGAAACAUCCUAUAGCUGUAAUACGUAGUAUGGCGGCUGCUCUUAAAUUGGACUUGGGUCUAUUCUCGACUAAAACAUUGGUAGAAACUAAUCCCGAUCAUGGUAUCGAAGUUAGAACACAAGUCCAACAGACGAGCGAUGAGAAUUGGGAUCCGGUAGUGGGGAAAAAAGUUUGGGGUUGUAUUAGUCAUCGAAGUCAUACAACUAUAGCUAAAUAUGCUCAAUAUCAAGCUUCGAGUUUUCAAGAAAGUUUGAAGGAAGAACGUGAAAAGUCUCAGGGUAUACAUACAUCGAACUUAUCGGAUUCAGAUUCGAAAGAUAGUACUGGCGCUGUUAGGCGAAAGAAAAGUAGUAGUACAUUUGGCCUUUCCGGUCGGCCAGGUUCGAAAAUGUUACGUUUUGGGACCAAUGUUGACUUGUCCGACGAAAGAAAGUGGAAAAAUCAAUUGCAAGAACUCAUUAAGCUACCUGCUUUUGCUAGAGUUGUCUCAGCUGGCAACAUGCUCAGUCAUGUUGGUCAUGUUAUAUUGGGAAUGAAUACCGUGCAAUUAUAUAUGAAGGUUCCUGGAAGUAGAACACCUGGACAUCAAGAAAAUAAUAAUUUCUGUUCAAUAAAUAUUAAUAUCGGACCAGGCGAUUGUGAAUGGUUUGCUGUACCUGAUGCUUAUUGGGGUGUCAUUUGUUCCCUAUGCGAACGUAAUAAUAUCAAUUACCUUCACGGUAGCUGGUGGCCUUCGCUAGAAGACUUAUAUGAAGAAAACAUUCCUGUUUAUAGGUUUUUGCAAAAACCAGGAGAUCUCGUUUGGGUCAAUGCUGGUUGUGUACAUUGGGUGCAAGCAGUAGGUUGGUGUAAUAAUAUUGCCUGGAAUGUAGGACCUUUAACUGCUCGUCAAUAUCAGCUGGCUAUAGAACGUUAUGAAUGGAACAAAUUACAAUCCUUCAAAUCGAUAGUGCCAAUGGUCCACCUAUCUUGGAAUUUAGCUAGGAACAUUAAAGUAUCGGAUUUAAGGCUUUUCGAAUUGAUUAAAAAUUGUCUCUUAAGGACAAUGAGACAGUGUUGUUUAAUAUUAGAAUUUGUAAAAAGCAAAGGCGUUGAAGUUCGAUUUCAUGGACGUGGAAAGAAUGAAGCAUCUCAUUAUUGUGGACAAUGCGAGAUUGAAGUUUUUAAUAUUUUAUUUAUACGUGAACAAGAGAAACGUCAUGUAGUUCAUUGUAUGGAUUGUGCGCGCAAACAGGCACCUUCCUUGGAUGGAUUCGUUUGUUUGGAAGAAUACAGAAUGAGAGAUUUGAUGGACGUUUACGAUGGAUUUACUUUACACACGUCAUUAAAUGCUCCUUCGUUAUCAGGACAGACUAACCAAUCCUCCUGAGGUUACAUGCAGCACAGAUAUUUGGACUUCUUAGGCACUUUACAGUGACUUUGAUAGUACAAUUUCUGUGUUUAUAUAUACACUAUAUAUAUAUAUAUAUACAAUAUAACUAAUGUAAUUAUUAAUAAUGAAUUUGUUAGUAAUCACAACGUACCUGAGAGCUAAGAAAAGAAACUAAAAAUAGUGACAACGACGACAACGAUGAUA